UCCCGGAAAUGGUAUCAGCCGGGAAAUAUGUCCCAUAAAUAGUACUAGUACACCACUGGGCUUACGCAGAUAGAACUGCUUCACUGUACAUACUACAGGAACCUGUAGUGAUGAUUAGAUCGUUGGUGGUAUUGCCAUACUGAAUACUGGAAAGACAUCUCUCGCCGCCUUCUGCGUGCUCAUGAACUCAGGAUUACUCUAACAAGCCUGGAGCCGUUGGUGACGUUCUUACGAAAGUAAUGCGUAAUGUGGGGAGUGUUCAAAGUCAACUGCCGGGCGGAUGUAACUAGCCUCCAUGCCAAUGGACACUGGUUGUUUCACACCUUGCCCCAGCGAACUAACAUCCGACUAAAUUUACUCUGGAAAGCACAGUGAAAUUUAGAUGGAAACAACCAAGGGCCUGCAAUUUUGAGCCUGAUUGUCGACUGCAUGAACACUCCAAGAUUUCAAACCACCAACAUGCAUCGACGUGUCGGUGAACUUGGUACUGGAUUAACCAUGUUGUCUGUGGUUAUCUUGGUCGCCUUAUGCACGGCAAUCGAAGCCGAAUUCGUAAGAAACCCUGAGAGUGUGACAGUGAAUGAAGGAGACAAUGUUACUUUGACCUGCGAAGAGUCAAGCCGCUAUGAUGCUCAAUCUUCGUGCCCUAAUUAUUUUUACUACUGGAUGAGGAAUACUCAAACUGCUUCGGAGGAAUACCUCACAAACUGUAUCUCAGUUACUGUUUACAUUGAUCGAAUGACAGUUACGAAAUAUGAUGGACUUUACACUCUCGAAAUUCAAGACGUACGCCCCGAAGAUAGUGGCGACUACUAUUGUUACAUAUAUUACGGUGGGCCUUUUUACUACUAUUCAGACACUGGCCUUUUAACAGUUAACACACUACCAAGGAACCCUCCUUCGUGUGAAAUUCUUCCCAGAGCGCCCUCUGUUGGGAUGACUGUUGAACUAAGAUGCCAACUCUCAUCGAAGGAUCCGCCAAGUCCACUGACUUGGUUCGAGUCCAAGUCCGGUCAAAUAGUCCCACCAGAGCCGACGGGUCCAACCAAUCCGGGAAAGUACUCCACCGUGAAUCUUCAGAUUACCGAGAGAGAUAACAACAAGGAGUUUACCUGCGUAGCUGGCCACGAUCUGGACAAAGGACCCCGGUGCGCCAUAACCCCGCUACAGGUACCCACAAUUGUCUCCAUCUUCCCCAUUCCUUCACUGACCGUAUCUGAAGGAGAGGUAGCGUUAUUCAGGUGCGAAUCCGAGUCCAUCCCAGCAGCUGAGGAAUACAGAUGGCGCUUGCGCAGAGACAACGACUCGGAGGUAAAGGUCAAUAUGAACACUUUGCCGUCGCAGGGAGAAACAUAUCGGCUGAGUGCUAAUGGACAAGACUUGCAGAUUUCGGGCGUGACAGUGUCUAACUUCAACAACACCAUGGUAAGGUGCAUUGCAAUCAACUCAUUGGGGCCAGAGAGCAGCAGUGAAAGUUUGCUCAUCGUUGUCGCCAUGGAAACAACCACAAAAGGUGAACCAACAACUACAGCUAGCAAGGGACGAACCGACAUCAGUUCCGGUGGAGCUGGCACUAGUACCGGCAUCAUCGUUGGGGGCGUUCUCGGGGUGAUACUUUUAUUGGUACUAAUCGCCGUCCUUGGGCUGUACAUAGCCAGGAACAGACACAAGCCACAGUUUGUAGGGGCUCGGUUCCAAAACUCACCAGGCCACGAGAGGGUUGGUAUGUCGGUGGUACAGGCGUCUCCAACGUACGAAGAGCUACCACAAGACACCAACUGCCACAAUGGCCAGCUAGACAGGAGCUGGUCAUUGGAUGACACGGCGCAUGCGCAGUCACAUCUGUACGCCAGCCCAGACGAGGCUAGGCGGGAGAAGGCUCGAUCUGAUGUCUCUGCAUCGCCUACCUACGCCAAUAGCUCAGGCUACGCUAACCUGCCACGUAGUCACAGCCAAGAGAAGAGAGUCUCCAACAGUCACUCACCUUACGCCGUGCCAGACAAGCGGGAUAAAUCUCGACCAGAUCCGGUCGGGUCGGAGGUGACCGAGGCUGAACCGUUGGACGACCCAAAGCUUAAGAACGUGGAGGGGCUUGUCUACGCUGAUUUGGAUCUUCAGCGCCCUCAAGCAGCUAAUAAAGAGAACGAGCAACCGGACAAUCCCAUCAAUUACGCCUCUAUCCGUGGCGACAUGGCGGAAAUUAGGGGUUUGCUUAGCAGAAAAUAGACCGUUUGUAUUAAGCACAUUCCUUGCAGUGCUCAUAUAAAUUCAACAUUUUGAUUAAUAGUUCUGUAUGGUCAAGCCCUCUAAGAAAUGUCUAUCAAUUGUAUUGUUAGAUAAGUUGCCUGAAGGGAUUGGUCCCAUUCACCAAUACACUCUACUAUGAAUUUCUGUUUAUGUUAAACAAACUAAUUUGCUGGAGUAAUCCAAUUGAUGUAUAUAACGAAGAAGAUGGUAAUAGACGUGUGUCUUUUUGUAACUGUUGUAAUGUAUUUUACAGCUGAUUCGGCGAAAGGGGUUAAUUUUGUAGGCCUAAGGGACUAUUUACUCAGCCAGCUGAAGAAAAGUGACCGAAAGAAGGACAUGUUGGAAAUCUACUUUCUGUGCCUAAAGUGAUUUUAAGUGAAAUUAAUACGUAUACAUUCUAGCAGCUUCUUUGUUAUUUUGUCUUGGGCCCUGGAAUGACUUAAAGUGUCCAUGUAAUGUACUUUUUGUAAUGCUGUCCUCGAACAUUUACCUUUGUGUCCAAUUUAACCUAAUUUUAAAUUUUUGUUUUGCUAUUGGACAGAGUAUUUUGGUACCUUUUUGGUUUU